UGGAUGAUUUCAGAUACAUGAUGAAUGAAAUUUAUGGAUACCAUAUGAUAAGAAGUCUUUGAUUUCAGGUAUAUAAGUGGAUGGUCCAGCAGCAUUGGUUCCAUUUUGAUUUUGCCCUUGCAACCAAGCUUGCAGAUCACCUGGGCAAAGACAGGAAAUUUGCGAAAUGCAGGGAGAUGUUUGAUGCAAUAAUUAGUCAUGGUCGUGUGCCCAGUGAAUCCACGUUCCAUAUCCUCACUGUUGCUUACCUUAGUGCACCAGUGCAAGGCUGCCUUGAUGAGGUGUGUACUAUCUAUAAUCGGAUGAUUCAGUUGGGGGGUUACAGGCCAAGACUCAGUUUGCAUAAUUCUCUCUUUCGCGCUCUUGUUAGUAAGCCUGGGGGGCUGUCCAAGCACUAUCUUAAGCAGGCUGAAUUUAUCUAUCAUCAGCUUGUGACAUUGGAGCUCGAGGUGCACAAAGAUAUAUAUGCUGGGUUGAUUUGGCUCCAUAGUUAUCAAGAUAAUAUUGAUCGAGAAAGAAUCACAGCUCUGAGGGAAGAGAUGCAGUGUGCAGGAAUUGAAGAAAGCAGGGAUGUCUUAAUUUCACUCAUGAGGGCAUUCUCCAAGGAGGGAGAUGUGGAUGAAACAGAACGAGCAUGGCUCAAACUUAUUGAUUCUGGUGGAAUCGCGCCUUUUCAAGCCUUUGUUUACCGAAUUGAGUUAUAUGCGAAGAUUGGGGAACCAAUGAAAUCUCUUAAGAUAUUCAAGGGGAUGAAGGAGAAAGGCAUUUCUAUCAAUGUUGCUGUAUAUAAUAAAAUCAUUGAGGUCAUGUCGGAAGUUCCAGAGGUUGAGAUUGUGGAAGAACUUGUUGACGAACUAAUUAACAGUGGUAUGAAGCCUCUAACAUCCGCUUUUCUAGAUCUGUUGAAAAUGUAUUUAAAUUUAGGUGUGCAUGAUAAAUUGGAAGUAUCAUUCGCUAAUUGCCUUGAGAGAUGUCGCCCCAACCGAAGUAUUUAUUAUAUCUACUUGAAAUCAUUAGUAGGAAAUGGUAAUCUUGAAAAGGCUGAGGAAAUCUUUUAUGAGAUGCACACAAAUCCUGCGAUUGGUAUUCAUGCACAAUCAUGCAACACUAUCUUAGGGGCUUAUCUUUCUUCAGGAGACUUUGUCAAGGCCGAAAAGAUAUAUGAUUUGAUGUGUCAGAAGAAAUAUGACAUUGAACCUCAGUACAUGGAAAAACUUGAUUAUAUUCUCAGCCUCAAGCGGAAAGUAAUUAAGAGGCCGGUAAGCAUGAAACUUGACCCUGAACAACGGGAGAUUUUGAUGGGCUUGCUGAUAGGUGGUCUUCGGAUACAAUCAGAUGAGGAGUGGAGGAACCAUGCAAUCUAUUUUGAGUUCAAUGGGAAUUCUAAUGUUCAUUCACUUUUGAAAAUACACAUUCAUGAAAGGUUUUAUGAAUGGUUAAAAUCUUCAAAUGAGUCAGCUAAUAGGGACAAUGACAUACCUGACCGAUUUUCAACAAUUGCACACUCCUAUUUUGGUUUUUUCGCAGAUCAGUUCUGGCUAAAAGGCAGACCAGUGAUCCCAAAGCUCAUCCAUCGUUGGCUAUCACCACGUGUUCUAGCUUACUGGUACAUGUAUGGGGGUUUCAGAACCUCCUCAGGUGAUAUUCUGCUCAAGCUGAAGGGCGGGAAUCAGGAGGAUUUAAAGAGAAUUGCCAAGGUUUUCCAAGCAAAAUCCUUGACAUGCAAAGUGAAGAGAAAGGGGAGAGUGUUCUGGAUAGGAUUCCAAGGAGAUAAUGCAGUUUGGUUUUGGAAACUGACAGAACCUUACAUUUUGGAGAAUGUUAGAGAGUUUUUGACACCUGAGAGUGAUUCAAUGAGAAAUGAACCCAAAGGAGACCUCUUUACUGAUUUUGAUAGUGAAUCUGAUAAUGAUGAACUACCAUCCCUUUAGGAGGUCUUCAACUUUUGCUGACACUUAAUGUCAAUAGACGAUGGCCCGAACUUGGAUUGAUAUUCAUCAGCUGUAUGAGCACUAUUAUCAGAUGGAAGUGAGUUUAAGGAAGUCUGGGGCCCUAUUGCAUGUAUAGAACAAAUGAAGCGAUGGUUGUUCAGAUGACACUAAUUGGACGUCUCUGAUGCAUUUGAGCCAAUGAUUCAAGAAAGUUUCCAAUCCAAAUCUUUGUAUUUUUGGGCCUAAUUUUAGGCCAAAUAACUCCAAAGUGUAAUGAAUUAUAUAUAUAUAUAUAUAUAUAUUGUUUUGUUG